AUGCACGUGCUGCUGAUCAGCUGCCUAGCGGUCAUCCAUGUUGUGUUCGCUGCAAGCCUAGAUCUCUCAGACUUAUCCUUGACAUUACCUAUUCGAUCGAGUCUUGCUGAGCCUCAAGUUCCUGCUGUGAUCGAAGAUGCUUCAUGGAGGGACAAGAGAGAAAAUGAUCCAAAAACUGUUAAGGAAGCCCUGGAGUUAAGUACGCUGAGGCGAGUGAAACGACAAUGGGGACGAAGAAGACGUUGUCGACGAUCGUUACGUGCGAAACGUUUUGGUGGAUUCGGUUUUCCAUUCUUUGGUGGUGGUUAUCCACCAUUUUUCGGUGGUGGAUUCGGUGGUGGAUUCGGAAUUUCUCAGCCAAUGCCGGAUCCUACAGAUUUCCAGUAUAACAUGGAUGAGCCGACGAUUGAUGAAAUGCAAAUCCGCAAUAGCAACGAACGUAAGAAGAGAGCGUACUGGGCAUACGGAGCUGUACCUGCGGUUGGCUUCCGUCGAGUCGCUUACGCACAUCCUGGAUUCAUCCACGCCCCCAUGAUCCACGCAGGACAUCCAUUCGUCUGGGGUUAA